AACCGCGGAAGUGUGCGUCAUUCCUGGAGAGCGAGAAAGAAAGCAGUAACAAACACUGGCCCAUUCGUUGCUGAAAAAUUCGCAAUAAAACGCAAAUAUGCGUCAUUGAUAUUUUCCACGGUUAUCAAUCGUAAAAGCCAAUAAGGACAACGGUACGAAAUGGCGACUGGGGGUGGUGGUAUCGGCCCACCGUCCAAUCUUGAAGGACGAGCAUCAAAUUUCGCACAUUCUGGAGCGGGAAGAAAUGCUGGAGUGGCCUCGAAUAUGCCAGUCCCCGUGGUCGCAGCACCAAUCUCACCCCCGUCGGGUGGCCUUCACCGGGAGCCUAUGUACAACUGGCAGGCCACGAAGAGCUCAGUAAAAGAGCGCUUUGCCUUUCUCUUCAAUAACGAACUGCUCAGUGACGUUAGGUUUAUUGUCGGUAAAGGUAGACAGGCGCAGAGGAUACCAGCGCAUAAAUUCGUCCUAGCUGCUGGUAGUGCAGUAUUUGACGCCAUGUUCAACGGGGGAAUGGCCACCACCUCGGCCGAGAUAGAGUUACCUGAUGUGGAACCUGCAGCCUUCCUGGCCUUGCUAAGGUUCCUGUACUCUGACGAGGUCCACAUAGGACCAGAGACGGUGAUGACCACUCUGUACACGGCGAAGAAAUAUGCCGUUCCUGCUCUAGAGACUCAGUGUGUGGAGUUCCUUACCAAACACCUCAGGGCAGACAACGCAUUCAUGCUGCUCACUCAGGCCAGACUAUUCGAUGAGCCUCAGCUUGCCAGCCUCUGUUUGGAAACAAUAGACAAAAGCACCGGUGAUGCCAUAAACGCAGAAGGAUUCACUGACAUUGACCUAGAUACGCUGUGUGCAGUGCUGGAGAGAGACACCCUGGGGAUUCGCGAAAACCGUCUAUUUGGUGCGGUGGUGCGCUGGGCGGAUGCCGAGUGUUACAGGCAACAGCUUCCCCUCACCUCUGAGAACAAACAGAAGGUUCUGGGCAAGGCCCUAACCCUCAUCCGCUUCCCACUCAUGACUGUGGAGGAGUUUGCUGCGGGGCCUGCCCAGUCUGGAAUAUUGUUCGAUCGGGAGGUGGUAAAUCUGUUUUUACACUUUACAGUAAACCCCAAGCCGCGGGUAGACUACAUUGACAGGCCCCGCUGCUGCCUCCGAGGAAAGGAGGGCAGCAUUAGUAGGUUCCAGCAGGUUGAAAGUCGCUGGGGAUACAGUGGCACCAGUGACAGGAUCAGAUUUAAUGUAAAUAGAAGAAUAUCAGUGGUGGGGUUGGGACUGUAUGGCUCGAUCCACGGACCUACGGACUAUCAGGUUAAUAUACAGAUUAUUGAGAGUGACAAAAGCCUAACGCUAGCAACUAACGACACGGGCUUCAGCUGUGACGGAACAGCCAACACGUUCAGAGUCAUGUUCAAGGAGCCUGUGGAGAUUUUACCCAACGUUAGCUACACCGCUUGUGCAACCUUAAAGGGCCCGGACUCUCACUACGGCACUAAAGGGUUAAAGAAAGUGAGCCAGGAGUCCGCCACGGGGACCAAGACCACCUUUUUCUUUUUCAGCUCUCCUGGGAACAACAACGGCACGUCAGUGGAGGACGGACAGAUCCCAGAGAUCAUCUACUACACCUAGACACCUCCUCACCACACCUGGGUCCUGUAGAACCUGGGGCGGUCCACACCUGGGUCCUGUAGAACCUGGGGCGGUCCACACCUGGGUCCUGUAGAACCUGGGGCGGUCCACACCUGGGUCCUGUAGAACCUGGGGCGGUCCACACCUGGGUCCUGUAGAACCUGGGGCGGUCCACACCUGGGUCCUGUAGAACCUGGGGCGGUCCACACCUGGGUCCUGUAGAACCUGGGGCGGUCCACACCUGGGUCCUGUAGAACCUGGGGCGGUCCACACCUGGGUCCUGUAGAACCUGGGGCGGUCCACACCUGGGUCCUGUAGAACCUGGGGCGGUCCACACCUGGGUCCUGUAGAACCUGGGGCGGUCCACACCUGGGUCCUGUAGAACCUGGGGCGGUCCACACCUGGGUCCUGUAGAACCUGGGGCGGUCCACACCUGGGUCCUGUAGAACCUGGGGCGGUCCACACCUGGGUCCUGUAGAACCUGGGGCGGUCCACACCUGGGUCCUGUAGAACCUGGGGCGGUCCACACCUGGGUCCUGUAGAACCUGGGGCGGUCCACACCUGGGUCCUGUAGAACCUGGGGC